AAGGCAGUAUAGAGCAAACUGUUCACACUGCCGCUGAUAUGUUGGGUGGUUUAGAUUCUGCAGUUUAUUCUAUCGCUUGGGCACCACUGGAGGAUUUACACGGACGAGUGAUCGACUGCUCAAGAUCAGGAUUUCUCCGCGCAACUCAAAUCUCGUGUCAUGCUUUUGCUGAGCUAGGUCACGCUUGCGAGCCCCAUAUGACCACAGGUGGCUCAUUAAUUGCCAUGUCCUACAUUGGUGCAGAACGUGCUAUUCCACACUAUGGCAUGAUGGGCCCCAUUAAAUCCGCUCUUGAGUCUAUGGUACGUUAUAUGGCUUUGGAAUUGGGUGAUCAGAAGAUUCGUGUAAACGCCGUUUCACCCGGUCCUAUUGUCACACGUGCUGCUUCUGGUUUAGAGGAUUUCAACGAGUUAGUUGAGGAUGCCAUUGAGUUUGCCCCUUUGCAUAGAGGGGUAACCAUCGAGGAAGUUGGGGCUGUUGUUGCUAUGCUCGUUGGUAAUGCUGGAAGUGCUUUGACGGGACAAAUUCAAUUUGUCGAUGCAGGAAUUAACAUGGAAGACAAUUACGCCGUCAUUGAAAACUACACGAUUGAUGAACUCACCGUCGGUCAAAAAAGACAGAUGGUAAGAACCGUUACUGCAACGGAUAUUACCGAGUUUGCCUUAGUCUCAGGCGAUGACAAUCCAGCACACUUAGAUGAUGAAUUUGCACGAGAAAUGGGGUUUAAAGGGAUCGUUGCGCAUGGUAUGUUGGGUGCAUCUUUCAUUUCUGCUUUACUUGGCAAAGAGUUCCCAGGCCCUGGUACCAUUUAUUUGGGGCAAACCUUACGUUUCCAAAAACCUGUUUAUAUAGCGGAUGUCUUAACCAUAGAACUUGAAGUCAUUAAUGUCGUUAAUGAAAAACAUAAAGUUGAAUUAAAUUGUAAUGUCACCAAUCAGCGAGGAGAUGUUGUGAUUACAGGUGUUGCAACGAUAUUAGCACCAAAGAAAAAAAUCCGUUAUAUUCCCAAACACUUACCGCAUCUAUCACUUGAGUCA